AUGAAUAUUUCUUUCUUUCUUUCUUUCUUUCUUUCUUUCUUUCUUUCUUUUAUAUCCUGUUCUUUCUUUCUUUCUUUCUUUCUUUUAUAUCCUGUUCUUUCUUUCUUUCUUUCUUUCUUUCUUUCUUUCUUUCUUUCUUUCUUUCUUUCUUUCUUUCUUUUAUAUCCUGUUCUUUCUUUCUUUCUUUCUUUCUUUCUUUCUUUCUUUCUUUCUUUCUUUCUUUUAUAUCCUGUUCUUUCUUUCUUUCUUUCUUUCUUUCUUUCUUUCUUUCUUUCUUUCUUUCUUUCUUUCUUUUAUAUCCUGGAUGAAGAUGAAAAAUUUCGAGCAUUUGCUACUGAUGCCAAGAAGACGCUGCAGCGCCAGCUCCUGGUCAAAAAAGAGAAAACCAUUGCUUGUAUGAAGCAGCAACUCACUGAAAAGCGACGUGAAUUUGAAACCCGAAUGGAUGGUUUCGCUCAGAGGAGGUCAGCACUAGAAGAGAAACGACAAAAAAUGAAAGACCGCGUUACAAAGUUCGAGAGAUUUAUUCGUGAGAACGACCAGAAACGUGAACGUGCCGUGAUGAAAUAUUACAAUGAGAAUCAAGCAAAGCAAAAUAAAUCCAAAGAAUGCAGUCUGCUUUACACCAAAAUCAUGGAACUGAAAGAAAGGUGUCUGAAAUACGUAGACGAAAUCUGGUCGGUUGGGCCUGAAAUAUCUGGACGGUGCUGUUUGACCAAAAAGGCCAGAAUUCUUAGACAAUCUAAACGGUAG